AUGGCACCAUCCCAAAUCCAGGUCGUCAUCUCUUCGCUCCAACGACUCCUCAAGGAAGAAAACUCCUACUACAAGGAGCAAGAGCAACAGGAAGCCCGCAUAGCGAAGUUGGAAAAGGACAAGACCGAUGAAGAUGGAAAUCGUGAAUUUACAUUGAAGCAGGAGCGUCAGGCCCUAGAAGAGACCAAAAAGGUCAUUCCGACUCUGCGUGAGCGCAUCACUAACACGAGGGAGAAACUCGAGAACAUGCUCGAUACAGCGGGGAGUGACGAGGAACGUGACGCUGCGGUUCAGGUACUCAAGGCGGCGAAAGAACAGCAAAAGAACGAUCCUAUUGCCGGUGUAUCGACAUAA